ACCAGUUGUUCACCACACGUCUUCCACUCAUCGCAAACUCCGGCCAAGGGGAAGACAGCGCACACGCGUACAGUCCAACACACAUCCCAGAGGCAGGAACGAAGACCACUCAUUGAAGAGCAGCGGCAAACGAAGCAGGGACUGUUGCCCCUUUACAUCGAGAGCACAACACGGGCCAAUAUGGAGCUCUUUGAGACCAACCCAUACUUCUUUCCUGAUCAGCGAUUUUAUGAAGGAGGGGACAGCUACUUCCCCUCUCGCCUAUCUGGGACAUACGACCAAGCUGGUUACCAGGACAGAAACUCCAUGAUGGGCUUGUGUGGGAAUCUCGCAGGAGGUGCCAGUGUCGGAGUCGCAAGUACCGAGGACAAAGCAUCUCCCUCCAGCCUGUCACCUCAUUCUGAGACCCACUGCCCUGGUCAAUGCCUGCCCUGGGCCUGUAAGCUGUGCAAAAGAAAGACUGUGACCAUGGAUCGCCGGAGAGCAGCGACGCUGAGGGAGAAGAGACGCCUGAAGAAGGUGAACGAGGCCUUCGAUGCUCUGAAGAGGAGCACCUUGAUGAACCCCAACCAGAGGCUGCCCAAAGUGGAGAUCUUGCGGAGUGCCAUACAGUACAUCGAACGGCUUCAAGCGCUGGUGUCCUCUCUCAACCAGCAGGACACUGAGACAGGACAGCAGGGACUGCACUAUCGACCCACCCCGACCCAGCCCCGAGUGUCGUCGUCCAGCGAGCCCAGUUCGGGGAGCACCUGCUGCAGCAGCCCCGAGUGGAGCAGCACUCCGGAGCAGUGUCCGCCGAGCUACAGCGGUGAGGAUCUCCUGAGUGCUGCUGAAUCUCCUGAGCAGGGGAACAUGCAGGCCUUGACUUCCAUUGUGGACAGCAUCUCUGCUUCAGACGGAUCUGUGGCCUUUCCUGUAGACAUUCCCAAAUAGACCUUUCAAAACAGUGGGAACACAGAUGUAGACGCACAGAGAUCCAUCAAUUAUAGAGGAAAUAUAGCUAAUUGGUGAUGCGGUUUGACUGGAGUACUUAUUUUGUUUUAGUGAAUCUACAAACUUUGGUUUUCUGUCUUAUGCAAACAAUCGAAAAUCUGAAUUAAUGAAUUUUCACUGCAACUCUACUGUGUCUGCUGGCUAAACUGAAUUCCUCCUUUUACAAUGAGGCCCUAUUCCCUGUAUUACAUGCCUUAUCUUGUGGUCCAGUCCUGUUUGUCAGAGCUACAGAUGCUCAGUCUAACUUGAGAUUCAAAGAUUUUGCUGCAUGAACCCAAAAUCCUAUUUAUUAGAGUGAAUCUCUGUUAUCCAGACUCACAGAUGGAUUGUAUUGUUCUAACUUAAUUUAAGUUUUCCUCUGUAUCUUUGAUUCUUUUUGUGUGAGUUCAAUGCUUAAAAAACAAAAACAAAAAAAACAUGGAUUUAUUUGUGGGGCCAAUAUGUACCAUGGCAGUUUUGACCAAGAUCUGCUUAAUUUAAACAGGUUAUAAAUGCUUUUGUUGUAAAUAUGUUCCCCUUUUUUUACAGAGUGGUUUUGCCAUUUUAUUUUUUAUCUUUGCUAACUUAUUUUUGACUUUUAUAACUAAGAUUGUUGUGUAUUUGUAGAUGUUCUGAAAAGUGAUAUUGUUCUGUUUUAAUUCUCGGAAUAAAGAU